GUUCAAACCAUGGCGGUCUUCGAAGAAAACGACAACGUUAAUAUCUGGUGGUUUCCAAAGGAAUUUUGCCAGUCGAUGUAUGGAGAAUAUCGAAAAGGUGGUACAAACUCUUGCACGUUAAUAUCUCUAAUACUGGCUAACAAAUUGUCCAAGGAAACUGUGUUCCAUAACAAUGACUCUGUGGCGUUGCCUGCCAAAGCCGUUCAAAUAUUUGGCGAUGCUAUAAACGAAGGCAACAAAGUGUAUUGGCAGUUGUUUGAGCACGCGACAGAGUUACCCGAUGUCAGAAGAGACCCAAAUCUUAAUAUACCGGAGGCCAUCGAUGCGCUAAAUGCUCAAACACAUAUAGGAUUCAAUUUGCAAGAAUGGUUUUACACCCAUCUCACUGCUAACCCAAAUACACACAGCUAUUUCGAAUCGGUAUCUUCGCGCAUUGCUCAAGUAUUAAAACUCGGAAUUCAAUUAUUUAAGAGGCCUAAUGGGAAUGCGCAUGCUAAAAACCUGUUUGCUGUCCUAAUAGCCAAUAGUCGCACAACAGUCAUAGUUUUAGAUUUCCCCAGCAAUACAGCAUCGUUUUUCGACUCGCAUCAACAUGGUCGAAGAGCGGGAGCCGUCGUGGCAAUUUGCAAUGUGGACUACUACGACAGACUUGUACGAUGGUUCGUCGCUAUGUUGGCAGAUAUCUAUCACAGUCGCCCUUCCCUGUUUGAAAUAUCCUUCUUAACGAAGGAAAUCUAUGCUCGCAAUCUUGAAUCACCUGCACUGAACGAUUGA